GUUUCCCAUUUCUGACAGCAAACAUCAGUCACUACUUCCAACACCAAGCACCCAGCAAUCAACGCCACUCUGCGCUUUUGACAGCCAAAUCACGACGACGGAACAUUCGCUAGCCAAUCUCUACAACCCAAGAUAUACCCCACCAGGAGCGAGGGAGAGACAACAAUGGACUCGCAGGCUGCACCGGGCUCGCUGAGCUGGCGGUUGAGUUCGCAUCCCAUCACACUUCUGACUUUCCUGUCGUUCCGAGUGGCGAGCCUCCUCGUCUACCUGUUCGGCCUUCUCUUUACGCAGAACCUCGUCUUGAUCUUCAUCAUCACAAUCCUCCUCCUCGCUGCCGACUUCUACUACAUGAAGAACAUUGCCGGGCGCCGUCUGGUGGGCCUGCGCUGGUGGAACGAGGUGGAUCCGUCCUCGGGCGACUCCAAGUGGGUGUUCGAGAGCAGCGAGCCCGGCACCAAGACCAUCAACCCAACCGACAGCCGCUUCUUCUGGCUGGCCAACUAUGUCCAACCCCUGUUCUGGGUCGCGCUGGCUGUGCUGGCGCUCGUGCGGUUCAUGUUCAUCUGGCUACCGCUUGUGGCAAUUGCGAUGGCCUUGACGAUCACCAACUCGCUGGCCUUCUCGCGGUGUGACAGGUUCAGCCAAGCUUCCAACAUCGCAGGGGGUGCCUUCUCUGCGACGGGGCUGGCGGGCAAUCUUGCCAGCGGCAUGGUGGGCAGGCUCUUCACCCGGAGCUAGAGGGUGCAGCGGCUGUCCGGCGAUGUGGACGUGGGUUUGUAUUGGGUUUGGAUCAUUUCUUCAAGGGCAGACGGAAUCUUUGGCUUCUUCUUGGCGUUGCGGGGGUGCUAGGCGAAACAAAAGAAAAGGGUAUGUGGGACUUCAGUCUUCUCCUGCGGGCGGUUCAUCUCGAAGCGGGCACUUCUUCAGGAACCAGCAAAGGCACAGGAUAGAGCCGCCAUCCCCUUUCCCUAGUUAGAAGAUUCCCCGUGUACGAUCUAUAGGUAUAGGUGGUAUGUUGACUCAGUUACCAAGUC